AUGAAUGCGUUUUAUGCUCUGUCAUGGAUUCCGGCUCUUGUCCUGCGUUUUCCCGGUGUGUUCGCGCAAUUACCGGACAUCACCGAACCUGAUUUUAUUAACAGGUGUUUGCAGGCUCACAAGGCACAGCGCGACCGCGUGAGUCCACCUGCGAGCAACAAGCGCUAUAUGACAUGGGACGAUUCCUUGGCCAGAGGCGCGAGAGCGUGGGCGCAGCGAUGUAAGGCAUCCCAUAAUCCUGUGGUUGCCCUGGCGCGAAGAGCCCACCCUGCGUUUAAUCUCGUGGAGGAAAACAUUUGGGUGGGUGAACCAUCUAUACCCUUCAGUGUGGAGAACGCAGUUCAGACCUGGAGCAGUGAGUCUGCUGCAUACACCCACAAAAACAAUAGUUGUACACGGGUGUGUGGACACUUCAACCAGCUUGUGUGGGCACAGAGUUAUAAACUGGGCUGUGCUGUGCACAUUUGCUCUAGUGGAAUUGAGGAGUUCUCAAGAAGCCCAGAAGGCACUAUAUUUGUGUGUAACUAUGGCAUCGGGAAUGUGCGUGGAUUUCCACCUUUUAUCGAAGGGCCAGUCUGCAGCACCUGUGCCAAGACUUGCCACAACAGAUUAUGCAAUUAUGAUUGGUCUCCUGGGUGGGAUGCCAGCCUCCCCUCCUCAUCAACCAGCUUCUCUUAUCAGCCUUCAGAUCCCAGGUUUCACCUGUUAGUUUAUCCGCCUACAAACCCCAGACUUCACCUGUCAGCUGGGCUCUGCUUGUUCUUGCAUUACUAUUCAACAUAA